UUGGCCAGGCUGCUAUAAAGAAAUGGAGGCGGCGGUGAGUGUCCUGGUGCCCGUGUGAUGGAGGUGAAGCUGGCUGUGCUGGGCGGCAGCGGGGCCGGCAAGUCGGCGCUGGCGGUGCGGUUCCUGACGCGGAGGUUCAUCGGGGAGUAUGCAUCCAACGCCGAAUGCAUCUACACUAAACACUUAUGCCUGGAUGGGAGGCAGAUACACUUGGAAAUUUAUGACCCUUGUUCACAGCCACAACGGGGGAAGCUCUCCCUCACAGACGAGCUCCACUGGGCUGAUGGAUUUAUCAUUGUUUACGACAUCAGUGACAGAGCAUCAUUUGCAUUUGCAAAGGCACUGCUGUACAGGAUCCGAGAGUCUCACAUAGGAGCUUGUAAAAAAAUGGCUGAGUCAUCAGUAUUUUUGGUUGGUAAUAAACAAGAUUUAUGCCACAUGAGGGAAGUUGGCUGGGAUGAAGGCCAGAAGCUGGCAAUAGAUAAUAAGUGCCAAUUCUGUGAACUGUCUGCAGCAGAACAUUAUCAGGAAGUUGUGGUAAUGUUCACAAAAGUCCUGAGGACUAUCACAUCAAAUUUCAAAGUGAAGGAAAAGAGACGACCAAGUGGAUCAAAGUCAAUGGCCAAGUUAAUCAACAAUGUAUUUGGAAAGAGAAGGAAAUCUGUGUAAUAUUUGGGUUACUUUUGAGGCAGGAACAAGUUGAAAUAAUGGAACACAGUUUUUGGAAUUCAGUUUCCUCCAAAAGUCAGUGUCUGGAGGAGUAAGAAGAAACCAAAGGCAGGAUAUAGUAAGGUCAAGUGGACAUGGUCUAGACCUAGAAGACCUGACCUUCUAUUUUCAGUUCUACUACAGAUUUACUGUGUUAGGGCUUUGUCACUAAGCUGCUCCUCUCAUCCUUUAAAUAUCUCAGAGGAGAGUUUUAGUACGUAUUUAUUAAACACCAGCAUGGUCUUGGAUAGGGCUUCUAGGUGCAACUGAACAAUGAAAAGUUAUUUCCAAUAAACUCAACCUUGCUGAUUAAAAUGUUACUUCAGAGUUCUGAGACGUGGUUGGGGUUUUUUAUGCAAGAACACUUACACUAAAGCAAAAUACUGCUGCUUCAUGUAAUAAUAUAUCUAACUGAAGGAAGGAUGGGUUGGAUCCUUGUGUGCCUAAAGGUGCUUAACACCUGCUAAAAUUCAUAUGAGUUAAAUGCUUAGACACCAAAUCUACAAGAAGUAUUUACCUGAAAAGGCACCAGAAGUAGGGAAGCAGGAAAACAACAAAGCACUGUUGUCUCCUGUUCCAGGUUUGGUGGUUUGUUUGGGGUUUGGGUUGGUUGGUGUAAGUAGAGAGGGUUGAGCAGGGUGGGAACUGAACAGUCAGUGAAAUGUUAGUCAGCAUCAGACUGUUUUGGCAAGGCCAUUGUUUAGUGAAAUAAUUAUAUGACUAGGGCCAGCAUUAAGGCCAGGGUAACAUCUUGUGCUGAUCCCUUUCACAGACCACUUUUCAUGGGCUGCAAAAAUGUUUCUGUGCCUACUCAAUUUUAGAUGGGAGUGGAGGCUUGAAAAUCACAUGGACUGGUAAAGAGUGCAAGUCCUUUAGAAUGUUUGCCUGGAUUUAAAGGUCAGCCUGCUGGUAAGACCUGUGCUCCUAAACUGCAUAGAGUGUUUUUCUAAAGACCAAUGUCUUUACAACAACUCAUCACUAUGGUAUUGAAAUGCCACUUGAGAGAGUGCUAAGAAAUGUUAGCUACACUUUUUAAAUGUGGAUAU